AUGGAAGCUUUGUCACCUUACAUCCUCCAAGGGUUCACGUGCACCAGAGUGAGGACUCUGUCAAGGGAGAAGAUCAAGAACCUAGUUAAAGCCUGCAGGGGGAAGCGCAGGAGAACGGUCAUCCUGCAGGAGACUCAGUUGACGUGCAUGUACAACUACAUCAAAGCAGAACCAGAUGUCACCAACUACAACAUCUACCCUCCAGAUAUGCUGCUUUAUUAUGAUUAUUCGCUUGUGCCACAAGCAAACUGCACAUCCUAUUUUCAAGAGAUUGCAGAUGCCGACUUCUCAGUCUUCUCCGAUGCCCUCAGCUACAGAAUCCCCAUACUGUUUACCAAUGCUAGGAGCUGUCUGGGUAUAACAGGAGUGGAACUGACUGAGGGUAACAUAUCGGUUCUGGGAAACAUGUGUUGCACUCUCAAUGGGUCCUACAUUCAGAAUUCGCACUCGUCCAUCCUCGAGAAACUCAAAAACUGCCCAGACAUCGAUGAUGCUCAAGUUGCUGCAAUGGAGAGCCUGCUGAUGACAGGCACCACAAGAUAUGGUGCUCCGUCAACAUGGGAUAUACAAACUUUAAAGGACUUGGGGAUUCUACCACUCUACUUAACCAAAUCCUUCUACAAACACUUCGACAAAAAAGCAAAGCAGAAGUUCUUGCGGUACUUCCUGAAAAAACUUAGGAGAGAUGGAGUGAAGAAGAAAAAGAUAAGGAGGAUGAAAAAAGCCAUCAGACAGUCCAAAGGGAAGUUAUCCAAGCGGUCAAUAGAAAAUGAGUGCACUGUAGGACAGAUUACCCAGGUGACCAUCAGUGACGAAGCCUUCCCCUUCGACUAUGAUGACAUAAACCAAUUCAACAUUUGCCUCAGCAAUAAGACAGUUAAAGACAACUUGGCUGCCAUCACAGACAAAGUGGACGACGAGGACUACCUCGGGAUUAUUCUCAAAAAGCUACGAGAGGCUUAUGCUGCCAGUUCAACCAUCCCAGAAGAGAAGGUUCACAUCCUAGGGCCAGCAUCUCGUGUGGCCACCAAUGAAGAUAUCAGUAUGUGGAAGAUAACCAAGACUGACACACUGUCUGCAUUAAUGGACUCUUCAAAUGGCGAGUGGGAUCCAGCCAUGGCAAAUACCAUCAUAACCAAGUAUCUGAGUGAAGAAGGGAACAGCAUCGGCAGUGCAGAGCUAAAUCUCAUUGGAGGAGCUAACCUGUGUUCCCUAGAUGCUGAUGUUUUAAAGAAAAUUUCCCAGGACAGCCUCAGAAAGGCCAAAGCACUGACGGUGUCCAACUGCACAUUGGAGAAAAAGAAAGUGCUUUUUACCAUUGCCAUUGCAGCUUUCUCUGGAAACACCCGCUCAGCUGACACCAUUACCAGCUACCAGCUCAUAAAACCCUACCUUGGUGGUGCACCUGUGAGCUAUGUUCGAAGCUUGGCUUCCUCAGAUGUCAGCAUGGACAUGGCUACCUUCAUAAGACUGGAUGAAAGCAUUAUAAUGGCCCUGAGUGUUGAUGAGGUUAGAGGUCUUUUGGGUACCAACCUGCCAACUUUGAAAUCCUAUGAAAACCAGAUUGUGGUACAGAACUGGAUCUGUAAUCAGUACCAGUCGGAUCUCGACAGCCUGGCGUUGGGGCUGGUUGCAUGCAGGGCAGAUCCCACAAGCACAACAGGAAGUACAGGAACAGGAAGUACAGGAACAGGAAGUACAGUGACCACUGUUUCAGCACAAGUAACCACAGCAGGGUCUGGCAUCAGCAGCACUACAGGAGGAUCAGCUACCACUACAGGUAGUGGCAGCACAUGCAUCAGACCAGACAUCGGCCUCUCUUUACUUGUUCUACUUACCUGCUACAUCACUUCAAAGUAUUUUUCACAACAAUAGCACAGUCCUCUUAUAAUGUCUCUCUUUUGCACUUAUAAAUUCAAUGAAAAAAUGAAUGUAUGCACUUAUUCAAUGAAAAAAGGGAUGAAAUGGGUCUACCCAUCUGCUUUUAGCAUUGGCAGGAAAAAAUGAGUUUCAAACAGCUGAAUCACAAACAUCAGGUUAUCAACUUGAAAAAAUCCUUAAUUUUUUUUGCUUUAUAAAUAGGAAAUGAUAAAUAUUUUACACACAGAUAUGAUAGAAUUUAGCACUUAUAUAUUAAUGUGCCCCAUAUAGCCAUGUACGUAUAUUAAUGCUCUUACGCAUUUUCAUACCUCAUUUUUGUGAUCUGCUCUAAAUAAUGUAAAACUUUGUCUUGUUGGCUAAAAUGCAUUUAAGUGUUUAUAUUCUUAAAAUGAAGGUGUAAAUGAAGGAUGGUGGUGCCAGUCAAUCUCUUCACAACGUGUUGAUUGUUUACCAUUGCAGACAGCACUGUCCCAACACAGCCUUGCGUUGUAGGAGCAAGCCUGGAGUUUAUCAUUUUUAUCAUUAAACGUAUAUAUUAUAGCAUAAUGAAGAUCCCCCCCCCAGUCAUGUUUAAAGACAUAUAAAAUGCCCUGGUUGAUAUAUUAAAUUGUCUGAUAUGUUUUUUCUGCAAG